CAACGAAGGAAUGUAAUUGAUGCCUAGAGAUUACGCGAAGCUGAAGCGUGAGGGAUAAAAAUUGGCUCAAAUAUACUACAGCAGUACACAACAGCUGUAGCGUGAAGUGAAGUAAGAACUGACAGACUCUCUUAUCGCCUGUGUAAUGAUUACAAGGAAAACAUGCUUGUUGUCAGUUCUGGGUAACUAGUAACGAGACAGACAUAGUCAAUAUAAGAAUGUUGCUCUGUAAACUUUGGUGGUUUCUAGCUGUUUCAGGUGUCUCAGUUAGAGCACUGAAGCUAACCGCAGCCGAAGAUAAAGUUAGCGUGAACGUAAGACAAAAUGCCUCUCUUCAUUGGACUUUUCACAUCAACAAAGGUGAAACGUAUCGAAUUUUAUGGGCGACAAGCACUGUGGAUGCUUCUGGAACUCCUAGAAUGAAAGAUGUUUUGUUCAGCAAAACUGAAAAACAGGCGACCGCUACACCAUCUUCAAAAAUGCCCCCAAGAUACGCUCGCAGAGUCAAAAUAUUACCGCCAGCUACGCUGUUCAUCCAGCGGGUCGAUCUGUCAGAUGAAGGUUUCUACAUAUGCGAGAUAACUACGGCGUUUCGGGCAAUCAGAAAGGCUAUCAACUUGACUGUGAUAGAUCCUCCACGAAUUAUAACACAGCUACCUAUAGAGUUAACAUGGAAUGAAGGUGACUCCAAAGAACUUACUUGCAGCACUGAUGGA